AUGAGGCGCGCGCGGAACACGGCGCCGCCGCCUCGAGGCCUGCUGCUGGUCGGACGACAAGACGCCCCGAGUCUGUCGUCCGCAGGCCGCGCCCUACGGUGGCCGCAGUUUAUGCUACUGGUGGGCAUCGCCAUAGCAUCAGCAGAAGAACGUCACAAGAGACAUUUUCCAGUCUUAAUCAAAUUGAUAAAAUCAGCUUUAUUUGGGCCAGAGGAGCCAGAAAUCAUUGAAGAAGUAGCUGUCCCACUUUCGAAACCUGAAUAUGAAGUAUUUAGAUUACCUGGACAUGAUAAUGUAGUGGUUAAAGUUAGUCCGAAGAUGGUCAACGCUGAAGGGGUUGUGUAUCAAGAAGUAGAACCAGUAAACCUCAAGGCUUUUGGAUCAGUCGUAGGAAUAGAAUCUCCAGAUGAUACUAUAGCAGCCGUGAGAAAAGUAGAUACACUACUCUCUUCUGGUAUUUUAUAUGGGGGAUACGACGGAUUGAUGAAAGACCAUGUCGUCGCAAUGUUUCCUGGUAUAAGAACUGUAGAAGAAGAAAUUGUUCCUGUCAUUGAAUCAAGACCUGUAAUAUCAGAAGUUAUUAGACCUUUAGAAGGAAUUGAGUUUGAGGUGCCGUAUGAUCCGGUUUCAUAUGAACAGCUAAAUAAUCAUGAGCAAGCAACAAUCAUUACCGCCGAUACUAAGCCAGGAACAGAAUUAGUGGAAAGUAUUAAAAAGAAUGAACUGCCUUACUGUAUAAGGAGAAGAAUUGACGCAGCGCUUCUCUUGGGUGCUGAUCCUUACAGAUAUGAGAGGGUAGAAGAAGUUUACACUGCUCCAGUAGUUGAUAUUUUUUACCCUAAGCUAGGGGACCCUGUUAUCGAAAGUCGGUUUCACGAGAAAAUUUUAAAAGGUUUUGAAACUGUUGCUCACAAAUCUCAGAAACUUGGAGUUCCUUCAAAUUCAGUUCAUUUAGAAGACGUUCAAGUUAGUUUUUCUAAAGGUGAUAGUGAUUCGAAGAAUGAUAAGUUAACUGCUUUUACAAAUGUUGGCAAAAAAGUUGACUUAUCUCAGACGCUUGGACCUAUACCAUCUUGGUACUUGGAACGAAUGAAUAUCACGGACAAUUUGAAGACGAAUCAACUGAAACCAGUCGUUAUCGCAGCACCUAAAGAAAAGGUUGUAUCCCAACGUGUUAAAAAUGCCGAUCAUCCGGAAAAUUCAAUAAAACUCCUGAAGUCUAAAAUGAUAACUCCUCAUCCGUUACGUUUCCAUUCUUUACAUCCAGUUAAAGAUAAUGGUGAUUUGGAUGAUCAAAACGUAUCUCCUCAUACAAUUAAUGUAGUAAAGGCGGAUCAAUCUCCUACGUAUCCAUAUUUGAAACGUACAGAAGCUAAGGCUAUUGUGAAGAACAAUAAUGAGCCGAAACCAGUCAUAAUCGCACCAUCUAAAGAACACAGUCUUUCCCAAUACGUUAAAAAUGUUGUCGUUGCACAAGCAAAUUCGAAGACUAAGAUCGAAGAAAGUGACACGAAAGCUGAACAGAAUACUCGUCUAAACGAAAAUCUUCCAUCUCGUAAUGUUGAAAUUGCGAAUGUUGCUGAAAAGUUAAAAACUGUUCACAAGAAAGAAGGUGACCAAGUGAAACCAAUCCAAGUACCAAUUACAAGCACAUCUAAAGCUGAAGCAACAAUCACCGAUGGUAACGACCAGGGCUACGUUUACGUUAAUCACCCUAAUACAAUGGCAAUAAAACAAGUGGAAGAAAAUGACGUACUUAAGACAAAUGUGAAAACGAACAACAAUAAAAAUCUUAAUGUGGUUGAAUCUGUAAAAAUUGAGCCAAUAAAAAUAAGUGCAGCACAAUUGAAAGAAAUUAAAGAAGAUAAAAAAGCAAUCGAAUCUAAAAGAGUUGCAGUUCCCGUGUCUAUUGUUAAUCCACUUAAAAGAAAUGAUUUGAAAGAGAAAGAAUCUUUCGCACAUAAUCCAGAAUUAAUCUUAAACAACAACAAAAAAGAUAAGGAAAAUUAUCACCAAAAACACUUCAAAUUGAUUGAACCACAUGCAAAAACUUAUUCAUACCAACAAAAGCAAGCAGACGGUUCGUCAAUAAACGUCGAAGCGGAUAACAACGGCAUCUCAGUCGAUUUCAAAGGAAGAGGAGAUAUACCAGACAAAUAA